CGGGAAAAUAUUUCAGUGGAAAAUAUGGGUCGUGUAUGACGGCAUCCUUACAUUGUUUUUGGGUUGCGGAAUGUAGAUUCUUUCAAUUGACAAAUUCAUUUCGCAUUCCAAACUUUCUUCAGCUGUAAGCACUAGGUAUAUACGCAUCGGUGAAGAAGAAGAAAUAUGGAUGCGGACAAAGAAGAGUUCCUAAGGGAGUUUGGCCACGAUUACGGUUACCCGAAUGGUCCCAAGAGUAUCGAUGAAAUUCGAGCUACUGAGUUCAAGCGAUUAGACCAAAAUGGUAUUACAUACUUGGACCAUGCUGGAGCAACUCUGCACUCGGAAUUGCAGCUGGAAGCAAUUCUCGAAGAUCUUAAUUCUAGGGUUUAUGGAAAUCCCCAUAGCCAAAGCGAAGCUAGUUCGGCUGCUUCUGAUAUAGUCAGGGAAGCACGCCAACAGGUACUUGAAUAUUUCAAUGCGUCUCCAAAAGACUACAAAUGCAUAUUCACUUCUGGUGCAACAGCAGCUCUGAAGCUCGUUGGAGAGGCCUUUCCAUGGAGCUGCAGGAGUAGUUUUAUGUACACCAUGGAAAAUCAUAACAGUGUGCUUGGGAUCCGAGAAUAUGCUCUCAGUCAAGGAGCUGCAGCCUUUGCAGUAGACAUUGAAAGUCCUGUGCGUCAUGAUGGAGCACCCAAAAGCCACAUGUCCACGGUGAAGGUAUCACCUCACCCAAUUCAACGAAGAAGUGAACCUGAACUUCUUGAAGGAGAGCUUACAGGUACUGCUUAUAACUUGUUUGCCUUUCCUUCUGAGUGCAAUUUCUCAGGUUUCAGAUUCAGCCUUGACUUGGUGAAGCUUAUGAAGGAAAAUCCAGAAAGAAUUUUGGGAGGUUCUCAAUUUUGCAAGGGGAGAUGCAUGGUCUUGAUUGAUGCUGCAAAAGGAUGUGCAACACAACCACCAGAUUUGUCGAAGUACCCUGCUGAUUUUGUUGUAAUCUCAUUUUACAAGUUAUUUGGCUAUCCAACUGGACUUGGUGCUCUCAUUGUUCAAAAUGAUGCUGCUAAAAUAUUAAAGAAGACUUACUUUAGUGGAGGCACUGUUGCUGCAUCAUCUGCUGACCUGGACUUUGUUAAAAGAAGAGAAAGUGUUGAGGAGCUUUUUGAGGAUGGCACUAUUUCAUUUUUGAGCAUAGCAUCUUUACGCCAUGGGUUCAAAAUACUCAAUUCUCUAACUGCAUCUGGGAUAUUCCGGCAUACGUUGUCACUUGCAAUGUAUUUGGAGAAGAUACUUUUGGCUUUAAGGCAUGAAAAUGGGGCUGAUGUCUGCACAAUUUACAAGAGUCAUUCUUCAAAGUUACUUUCUCAUGAAUUUGGUCCCAUACUAUCAUUCAAUUUGAAAAGACCUGAUGGUUCUUGGUUUGGAUACCGUGAGGUGGAAAAGUUGGCUUCCCUAUCUGGAAUCCAUUUACGGACAGGAUGCUUUUGCAAUCCUGGAGCAUGUGCAAAGUAUCUGGGAUUGUCUCACUUGGAUCUUCUUUCGAACUUGGAGGCUGGGCAUGUUUGCUGGGAUGAUAAUGACAUAAUACAUGGAAAACCAACUGGAGCCGUCAGAAUAUCAUUUGGUUACAUGUCAACCUAUGAAGACGCCAAGAAAUUUAUUGAUUUUAUCACAAGGUCAUUUGUAUCAAUGCCAAAUAAGUCUGGAAAUGGGAAUUUGUUGACAACAAGGUCCAUCCUCUUCUCAAGUGAAGGGCAUGAAAGAAGACACUCACCUGUGGGUUAUCAUCUUAAGUCUAUUACAAUUUACCCAAUAAAGUCAUGUGGAGGAUUCAGUGUUGAAAGUUGGCCUCUGAGCAGCACUGGUUUGCAACAUGACCGUGAAUGGCUUCUUCGGAGUCUGACUGGUGAAAUUCUUACACAGAAGAAGGUUCCUGAAAUGUGCUUUAUUGGAACUUCUAUUAACCUAAAUCAAGGCAUAAUGUUUGUCGAGUCCCCUCGAUGUAUGGUGAAGUUGCAGAUCAACCUAAAUAUAGAUUCUUAUACUGGUGCAAAAGAAGAAAUUCAGUUGCAUUCCAAGAGGUUUGAAGUACAUCACUAUGAAAAUGAUGUCAAUCUAUGGUUUAGCAAUGCUGUAGGUCGUCCCUGCACUUUAUUACGAUAUACUGGGCCUAAAGACCAUGUCUGCAGGAACAAGAAUAGAGGUUUCAACAUGUGCAGAGAUGUUGAUAACAGAUCGAGUUUUGCCAAUGAAGCUCAGUUUUUGUUAAUAUCAGAGGAAAGCGUAUCUGACCUCAAAAACAGAUUAAGCCUGAAUGAGCAAAAAGGAACUGGUGGACCAUCCAUUCAAAUAACUCCAAUGAGAUUUCGGCCCAACCUUGUCAUAUCUGGGGGUGAACCUUAUGCUGAAGAUGCAUGGCGAAGUCUCGAAAUUGGGAACAAGCAUUUUACAUCAUUGGGUGGAUGCAAUCGUUGCCAAAUGAUCAAUUUGGUGCAUCAAGGUGGACGAGUGCUGAGGUCAAAUGAACCUUUGGCAACUUUAGCUGCAUACAGGAGAGUGAAGGGGAAGAUUCUGUUUGGAAUAUUGUUGAGAUAUGAGAAGAGUGAUGAGACUGAGCUGCGGAUGGACUCAUGGCUUCGAGUGGGGCAAGAAGUAUGUCCAGAUCCAGAAUAGUGAUACAUGUAAUACGAGGAACACCAUAGUUAGAAAAUCUGACAAAAGGAUAAAAAAAUAAAAAUUCUGGACAUCUAUGAUACAUAAACAAGCCUAGCCUCCCAAAUGCAGGGACAUACAGCAUACACAAUGUACAGGGCGAAAUGUGAAAAGGAGCCAAACUUGCAAAUUUCGAAAUCUGGAAUAAAUAAAUAAACUUCUUGCUUUAUUGGUUUA